AUGAUUCAAAAUUUGAUUAUUAAUGCUUCAUUACCAUUUAAUUUGGUAGAACAGAUUGAUUUUAAAAAUUUGAUUACAACUGGAUAUCCUAAUCGUCAUGUGUUAUCAAGGAAGACGUUAAUGAAAAAUAUAGAAGCUCAACAUCAAGUCCUUUUACAAGAUAUGAAGAGCAUAUUUUCCAAAGUUAAUUAUUUAACUACCACUGCUGAUUGUUGGACUAUUUUCAAAAGAUCCUAUUUGGGUAUGACUUGUCAUUGGAUUAAUCCAGUAUCACUAGAGAGAGAGUCUUGCUUAUUGGCUAUAAGAAGAUUAAAGGGCAGCCAUACUUAUGAUUUGCUAGCAAGAACUAUGGAAUCUAUUUAUACUGAAUUUAAUAUCAAUGAUAAAGUUAUCUAUACAACAACUGACAACGGUUCUAAUUUUGUCAAAUGCUUUGAAAUAUAUGGUCAAUCGUCAGUUGUUGAAAUUGUUCAAGAUGGAAGUAAGAAAACAGAUGUAGAAAUUCUUCAAACUCUAGAAGAUUCAAUUGAAGAGGAAUAUGAUGAAAACAAAGAAGACACUGACGAUGAUGCUAAUACUGAAAAAGAUGAAGAUGUUAGUUUUUCUCGUAUAUCUAUUACCCAAGUUCUGGAUAACAGAGAACUAAUUGGUGAAUGUACAUCCAAUUGGGAUGAUUGUAUGGUAUAUAACCUACCUAAGCAUCACAGAUGUGCUUCGCAUACUCUAAAUCUAAUAGCAACAGCUGAUAUUGAAAAAGCUUUAUCGCCUAAUGUUUCCAAAGACCAUCUAUGUUAA